CAUACCGGUUUCCCUUCUUACUAACUUUUCCUCGCUUUCAUGACCACUUGUUUGUGUUCUGCUAUUUACCUCACUGCAGGGCCUGGGGUGGGUGCCUGUGUCUUGUGCUCAUGUGGAAUCUAUUUAAGACCCUUUGCGGGGCCUCAUUCCAAGCUAUGUGCCCUUCAACCUAACUCCAGAGCAGCAGUCUUGGCUUUUUAAGAGACUCGUUUAGAGUCCUGUAACACAGGGGGAAGCUGAGCGAAAAAAGCCAGGGCUGUAUUGUUGAAUUAAGUACAGAGUGGAUUUGUGUAUGCUUUGUCUUUUCUUCGCUUUGUGUUGACAAGAAAACCUAAAUCAGAGGAAGGAAAAUAUGCAAAAUAAGUUUUGAUGGCAAAGCGAAGGAACUUGAAAUCGGUUUCUGGAGAAGAAUUUGCUGUCUCUGGUGCAUGGCGAUUCGCUUUCCUGAGCCUGAAUUAAUUCCCAGCAGGGUGCAACUUGACAGCAGAGUUCAUCCUCCUGAGCGCCAGCAGAUGGGGCACAGCGACGGUGGCUUUGUCUGCCUCGGAGCUGCAGGUUGCCUCUGAGGAAGGGAACUUCCUCCUUAAAGCCAAGCUAAAUAAGGAGUUUCUGGGCGGAGUUGUCUUCUGAACAGCCUAGAUAAAAGCUUACCAGGAUUUACAGAGCCUCAGACUGCAAUCAGCAUGAACUGCAGCGUGCCGGACAGAGUGCUGCUCAGCUGCACCAUGGAGAGACAGCUGGAUAGGCUGUGCCUCCAGUUUCUUUGGGACUUUGUCAGAGCAAAAGAGACAUUAAUCAAGUCACCGUUUUUUCCAGUGUUGUUUUCUUUUACAGCGUACAUGGCUUUCUGUCUUCCUUUUAUUGCACUGGAUUUUUUAAGCACUAGAUUGCCAGACUUGAGAAAAUACAAAAUCCAGCCACAGAGCUAUCCAACUCUUGGAAUGAUGGUGCCUUGCUUUAUUCAGAGUGUGUAUCACCAUGUUGUGUGGAUUUUCCCAGUGACAUUUCUUCACUGGUACUGGAAACCAAUGAAUCUACCGGUGAUAGCUCCAGAGCUGCCUCAGGUCCUGCUGCAAGUAGGAGUUUGCCUGCUUCUGUUUGAUUUCGAAUAUUUCUUGUGGCAUUUGCUUCAUCACAGAGUGCCUUGGCUCUACAAGACCAUCCACAAGGUGCAUCACAAGCACGUAUCGACGUUUGCUCUUACUACGCAGUAUUCCAGCGUGUGGGAACUGCUGUCACUGGGAUUAUUUGCUGCCAUCAAUCCAUUCCUCCUUGGAUGCCAUCCUUUGACAGAAAUGAUUUUCUUCCUUGUCAACAUCUGGUUGUCAGUGGAGGACCAUUCAGGAUAUGACCUUCCGUGGUCAACUCACCGACUUGUGCCUUUCGGUUGGUUUGGAGGAGCACCACAUCAUGAUCUCCAUCAUCUGAAAUUCAAGUCAAACUAUGCUCCUUACUUCACCCACUGGGACAGACUCUUUGGGACAUACACAGAGUCACAUCCCAAUUAAGAAUAUUUGCCUAUUUGCCUGUGGAUGAAUUUUUUGUUGAUAAACUAUACUGGGACAUUAAUUUUUCAAAGCUAUACAGAAGAUUGUAUAUUUGAAGCUACUUAUAAAGUCUAUGGCUAUUUAUAACAAAUCCUUCUAAUAUAUAUAUUUGUUUCUAUACUUGGAACUUCCUAUGUUAAAUGACUGCAAAAGGGAUAGUAAAUAUCUGUUACUUGAGUUUGUUUGUGUAAAAGUGUAAAGAGAUGUUCUCUCUUCUUUCUAGCUUUCAUAAAGCAUUUAUUGUUUUACUGUAUGAUGUUUAUACAUACACCAGAAAAAAUGAUUUUACUGCUAUAAGAUGGUCUGUGAUGUAAACAGAGAAGGUACACGGCGUGGAUUUUGUGGAGUUGAACCUGCCGGGUCAUGUUAAUCCACACUGAUGUUGUAAAAAAAGGCUGCCAGGCAAUCAGUACUAGUUUGCUGACUGUGCAAUAAUUUUGACAUUUGUGUUUUAAAUCUUGAUGUUCCUUCUGUUUUUAAAUAAAUACAGUCCUUCCUUUAAAAUUGUUAUGUUUCGGGUUAUUCAUUCUUCUGUUCAUAUUAGGAACGUA